CACCAAGGGACUUCCACCUCGAUUCCAGAACAACAUCACCACCAACAAUCGUCGUAGCCGCCAUGGCUACAGACGUCGCCAUUUCGGGCACGGGUGACUUCGAAUUGCCCGCGCGCAAGAAGCCCAAAAUCUCUGAGCUGCCGCUGUCGAGCACUCAGCAUUCGGCCAUCGAUGGCAUGCUCCACACCUUCAAGAAACAGGGCGAAUUCGACGUAUUGCGGAAGAAGGCGUUCCAGCAGUACAACGAGAGCGCCAAUCGGGGCAUGUUUGAGAAUGCUCUGCGCAGCUUUACCACCAACGAAAUCGACCGCGAUCCGAUCAAAUACCUAAAGCCAGACCGACGCAUUGCUGCACCACUACUCGAAGGCGCUGCUUCGCGUGCCGAAGUCUACGUUAAGACCGAGCAAGACAUCAAUAACUACAUCGAUCAGUUCAUGGCAAACGCGGAGCGCACAUUACGUGACAUCCGUCGCAAGGAGAUCGGCGACGAGGCCGCGGAUGAGGAGCUUCGAAAAGGAAGCAAGACCGAUGAAGCUUAUGCUAUGGAGGCUGAGCAGAGAAAGAAGGAGCGUGCUGUCAAGCACAAGGAAGAUGAAGCAGCUCGUCGCAAGAAGGAAGCACGCGAGAAGCGAGCCAAAGAGGUGGAGAUGUUGAAGAAGAAACAAGAAGCGUUGCAGAAAGAGACUGAGCGUCUGCAGAGAGAGGCCAAGCGGCGCGCGGAGCGAGAAGCGUGGAAGCUAGCCGAGAAAGAGCGCGAGCGAGAGCGAAUCAGGCAAUUCAAUGAGGAGCGCGAGAAGGCAAAGAAGGAGGCCGAAGAGCGAGAACGCGCUCUGCAGGAAGAGCGCGAACGUCGCCAGAAGGAGCGUGCUGAGCGUGAGCAAAAGCGACUCGAGGCGGAAGCAUUAGAAGCAUUGCUCAAAGAGGGUGAGGUGAUGGCAGAGAAAGCAAGACGUCCGGAGCUGGAGCGAAGCGAGAGCAUGGAGCCACCUCCCCGUCUCAGACAGUCGUCUUCAGCACGAAACGAGAGACCUAGGGACUUGGUUCCCACGUCUCUCACGUUGAAGAAGGGCGACCGGCCAGAAAUCUCUCGAGCCCCUCCAUCAGCUCCCACUGGACCUGCACGCGAUCGUGAGCGAGCCAGGGAGCGCGAGCGGGAGCGGGAGAGAGAUCAGUCACGAGCAAGACCGUCUCGGCCUAGAUCUCCUUCUCCUGCUCGCUCUAUCCGACGACGCGAUCCCUCGCCCGAUGAUCGCCGACUGCGACGUGAUGCCCGUGACCCACGGGAUCGGCGAGAAACCCUCUACCGCGACAUUAGUGCUGAGCGGGAAGCAUGGAAGGCUCGUCAACGUCCCAGAGACGACCGCGACCGCGACAGAGACCGGGACAGAGACCGAGUGCGAGACAGGAAGCGCGAGGAUGAACGCGAUGAAGGCGAAGUGGUGGAGCGUCCUGCUCGCAGCCGGAGUCCGCCCCGAGGCUUGAACAUAUAUCGACCAGGCCGACGUGAUGAUAGCCGCAGUCCACCGCGUAGGAGGGACAGAACGAGAACUCGCUCCCCUGCGAGGCGACGAGAACGCUCGCGAGAUCGAUCAAGGGAGCGCCGUCGGGAUGAUCGCAGCCGUAGUCCGGUUGGGAUUGAUCGAUACAUUCCCGGCGGCCCUGCCGCCCGUAGAGCACGCGAAGAUGACGACAAGGCAGAGAAGACACGCUCCCGCUCGCCUCCUCGCCGAAGAGAACGCUCACGAUCACGAAGGCGCGCCGACGAUGACGACCGUGAUCGAUCGCCCGCGAGACGCCGUACUCGGGAUGACGACGGAAAGGAGACACCGAGGGACCGUGAACGAGACAAGGACUCGGAGAAAGAGCGCGACCGUCUUUCGUCUAUCAUCCGCGACGAGCGUGAUAUGCCACGUCGACGAGCACGGUACGAGGACCGCGAUCGGCCAGGUGAUAUCGAUCGGUACAUUCCGGGCGGCAAACGCGUGCGUCCGGGAGACGAGUCUCCGCGACGUCGCGAGAGAAGCCGCAGCAGAGACCGGGACAGAAGUCGUGAUCGAGGGGAGCGUGCUAGAGAGCGAAGCCACGAUCGCCCUAGGAGAGCCAGUAGGGAACGUCGAGAUAGCAGGGAGCGUCGAGACAGUAGGGAGCGAAGGCCAAGCAAGAGUGUGCAGGACGAUACGGCCGCCAAAGAGGACAAAGAGGCGAACUAGAGCAAGGGUCAAGAAGGUCUUUCAAGAUCGCGCAGAUGUCGUGCGCGAACAGGUAUCUUACUCGCGAACAGCAGACCAACGCUCAUGACACGGUAUGUGUAGCGGUACUAGGGUAGUGCAUAAAAGCAAUCGCCGCGGCCCUGUUCGAGACUUUUCGACCUCUUCAUCAAGUACGGAGCCAGCAUCUCUGCUGCUCUUCAUCGGUAGAGACAAUUGAGGGAUUCGCUCCCUAUCCAUUGUACAGGUCUAGUCUUGCCCGAGGUCAAGCUGAGCGCAGAGGGCUCCCUCUUUUCACUCAAAUUUAGCUUCCAUUGAGAUCAUCUCUCUACGUACAUGUAGAGCUAUCAGACACAUCUUGACCCCAAGAAAAAGCAC